AUGCAAUCCGCGUUCCAGCGCUGCACGAAGACCAUACGCUGCACGAACGCUCUAAAAAACGCGCUGACGCGCUGCGCCAGCACGUCGAGCGCGCUCGCGGACUUGCGCGUCGUCGACGCCGCCAACGAGGCCUCGGCGCUCGUCGGCGGCGCCUGGGUCCGAACGGCGCGCACCUUCGCCGUCGUCGACCCGGGCAGCGGCGCGCCCAUCUGCGACGUCGCGGACUGCGGGCCGGAGCAGGCGCGCGCCGCCGUCGACGCGGCCGCGGCCGCGCUGCCCGCGUGGGCCGGAACGACGGCUCGCGAGCGGAGCGACGCGCUCCGCGAGUGGCACCGGCGCAUCCUGGCCGCGUCGGAGGACAUCGCGACGCUGAUGACGGCCGAGUGCGGCAAGCCCCUCGCCGAGGCGCGCGGCGAGGUCGCCUACGGCGCGUCGUUCGUCGAGUGGUUCGCCGAGGAGGCGCCGCGCGUCGCGGGCGAGGUCAAGGCGAACGCGGGCUCCGACCGGCGGCUCCUGACCGUGCGCCAGCCCGUGGGCGUCUGCGCGGCCAUCACGCCCUGGAACUUCCCCGUGGCCAUGAUCACGCGCAAGGUCGCGCCGGCCGUCGCCGCGGGCUGCCCCGUCGUCGUGAAGCCGUCGGAGGACACGCCGCUCUCGGCGCUCGCGCUCGCGCGCCUCGCCGACGGCCUCUUCCCCGCGGGCGUGCUCAACGUGCUGGCGUCGUCGCGGGACCACGCGGAGCCCGUGGGCGCCGCGCUCUGCGACGCGCCGGAGGUCCGCGCGCUGAGCUUCACGGGGUCGACGGCCGUCGGCAAGUGGCUCUACCGCCGCUGCGCGGAGACGGUCAAGGUGCUGUCCCUCGAGCUCGGCGGCAACGCGCCGUUCCUCGUGCUCGAGAGCGCCGACGUCGACGUCGCCGCGGACGCGGCGAUGACGACCAAGUUCCGCAACGCGGGGCAGACGUGCGUCUGCGCGGACCGGCGCGGACCUCGCAUCCUCGACCCGACUUCAACGUGCGCGUCGUCGAACGGCGCGGACCGGUUUCUGGUGCACGCGUCCAAAGUCGACGCCUUCGUCGACGCGCUCGAGCGUCGCAUCGCGGCCCUGCCCGUGGGCCACGGCUUCGACGACGGCACGAUGAUCGGGCCCUUGAUCAACCCGGCGGCCGCGGCCAAGGUCGACGCGCGCGUGCGCGCGUCGGGCGGGCGGACGCUCGUCGGCGGCGCGUGGCCCCUCCCGGGCCUCCGGGACGCGUUCUACCCGCCGACGAUCGUCGCCGACGUGCCCCUGGACAGCGCGCUCUGGGUCGACGAGACCUUCGGCCCCGUCGUGCCGCUCCGGACCUUCGAGACGGACGCGGAGGCCGUCGCGCUCGCGAACGACGGGCCCGCGGGCCUCGCGGCCUACUGCUGCGGCGACCUCGCCCACGCCUGGGCCGUCGCGGAGCGCCUCGAGUUCGGCAUCGUCGGCGUCAACGAGGGCGGCGUGUCGAACCCGGCGAUGCCCUUCGGCGGCGUCAAGGAGUCGGGCCUCGGCCGCGAGGGCGGCGCGCACGGCAUCGACGAGUACCUCGAGGACAAGUACCUCUGCCUCGGCGGCAUGCGGUUCUGA